AAAAUUUUCCAUACUACAAGCGUGUUCGAUAUUUUCCCCUCCAUCCCACAAACCAACGGAGCCUAAACUUUCUUGAAGAGCAAGGCUUCUCGCGAAGUGGAUAAGAGAGAGAGAUGGAGAAAUAUUUUGGGAAUCCAUACCGUGGUGACCCGGGUGUUCCGCACACUGAUCCAGAACGAUUCGUGAACAUUUGGAUUGGUUCCUUUGCGUUCUCUGCAAUUGCCUGGAUCCAUCCAUACAUGUGGCAACUCUCAAAUCAAUCCAACUGGCAUGAUCGGGCAAUGCUAUUCGAGCAAUACCAUUGGAAGAAAGCACUGCAGAAGAGGCAACCAUACAAGUUCAAGUGGAACCAGUACAUGGACAAGGAUCAUCGAGAUUCAUACUAUUUCAAUUGGCCAGUCUACUUUCCAUAGAACAUGUCCAGUGCGUGCCUAGGUUUAGUAGCGUUAUUGGUGCAGAUUCUGUAUCACCACCAUCAUCAUCAAACGAUGUGUUCUUUUCCCCGUUCUACCAUAUGAUCAGAAAACUGAGACACCCUAAAAAGGGAUUGUUUUAUCUUCUCUCUGUGGUUUCAAACCUUUAAAUUUGCGGGUUUUCUGUUCAUGUUGUUCUUUUCUUGUAAUGCCUUUGGUUGAAAUCAUUUUUGCUGCCUUCAAUUAACUGCUCUUUAGAGUGGGCAUGGAAAA